AUGAGUCGGACCAAGACGAGAACACCUGGGGGUCGUCGUCAAUGGAGCAGACCAACACUCACUCUCUGGGCGAUAUGCCUCAGCGGGAGGUGGAGGGUCGUGCCCAUGUUGGCGAUGACUGUUGGUGUAUUUAAUUUGUCAGAUUCUGAUAAACGACAACAAUUAGACUGGAGGAAAAGGUUUAUGAUAAUUUAUGGAAUUGCUCGAGGCCUUUUAUAUUUGCAUGAAGAGUCUAGCCAGAAGAUCAUACAUAGGGAUCAUACAUGGGAAAUGAACCCCAAGAUCUCAGAUUUUGGCCUUGCCAGGGCAUUUGGUGGAGAUCAGUCAAAGGAUAUUACAAGACGACGACCUGUUGGAACCCUUGGGUAUAUGUCGCCGGAGUAUGCCUACUGUGGGCAUGUCUCCACAAAAUCAGAUAUGUUCAGCUUUGGGGUGAUUGUUCUUGAGAUGGUGACUGGGAGAAGGAACAACGGCAUUUAUGCUUCCACAAGGACAGAUUCUUCCGAAUGCAUGGACUCCAUAUAUCUACUGAGCUAUGUAUGGGAGAAGUGGAGGACACGAUCGCUGGCGGACGCAGUGGACGCGUCCCUGGGUGGUCGGUACCGUGAAAACGAGGUGCUCAGCUGCGUGCAGAUUGGGUUACUGUGUGUCCAGGAGAAUCCAGCCGAUAGGCCGGACAUUUCAGCGGUGGUACUAAUGCUGAGCAGCAACUCCAUGUCGCUGCGGACUCCUUCUAAACCAGCCUUCUUCUUCGGCUCCGGCGGCCUCGCCGUGGAUGCUGGCGCCGGACAUGUGCUGUUGGGUACUGAUGAUUGCAAGAAUGAGAAUGCGGAGAGGAUGUACACGGUCAUAUGA